AUGGGCUGCUGUCAAUCCACCGAGCAAGUAGAGGAAAAGCAAAGAAAUCAAGAAAUUGAUGCACAGAUCAAAAGAGACAGAGUCAAUCUUCGAAAAGAGAUCAAAAUGCUGCUACUGGGUGCUGGUGAAUCAGGCAAAUCGACUAUUCUCAAGCAAAUGAAACUGAUCCAUGAUGGCGGGUACACACCUGAAGAAAGAGAGAGCUUCAAGGAAGUCAUCUUUAGCAACACAAUGCAAUCCAUGCGUGUCACUCUGGAGGCAAUGAACAACCUGGGCAUUGCUUUUGACAAUCCAGAGAACGAGGGACACAAGCGAUUGGUCUUGGAAGCGCCUCCUCAAAUCGACUAUCUUGGACAUGAACUGGUAGAAGCCAUUGCCUCGCUUUGGGACGACCAAGGCGUGCAACAGUGUGUCCAGAGAUCAAAUGAAUUCCAACUAAAUGAUUCAGCACGAUACUACUUUGAUUCUAUUCUUCGUAUUGGUCAAUCAAACUACAUGCCUAGCGAUCAAGAUGUCCUGCGUUCCCGUGUUAAAUCAACUGGUAUUACAGAGACUACAUUCGUGAUUGAUUCUUUGACAUACCGCAUGUUUGAUGUGGGCGGACAGAGAUCUGAGCGUAAGAAGUGGAUCCACUGUUUUGAAAAUGUUACGGCUUUGGUGUUUUUGGUGGCAAUUUCAGAGUAUGAUCAGGUCCUAUUUGAAGAUGAAAGUGUCAACCGUCUGCAAGAAUCAUUGACCUUGUUUGACUCCAUCUGCAACUCGAGAUGGUUCAUCAAGACGUCCAUUAUUCUGUUCCUCAACAAAAUAGACCUGUUUGCCGAGAAACUGCCUAGAAGUCCCUUGGGCGAUUACUUUGGUGAUUACAAAGGCGGUGAUAACUAUGAUGCUGCGUGCCAAUAUCUCUUGCAAAAGUUCAUCUCCUUGAAUACAAGAGCAGAUACAAAGCAAAUCUAUACUCAUCUGACAUGCGCAACAGAGACCAAACAGAUCAAAUUUGUCAUGAAUGCUAUCAAUGAUAUCUUGGUGCACGAUAACUUGCGUAAUGUGGGCCUGUUGUAG